AAAAUUCAAAAAUUAAGAUAUUUAUUUGACCCAUGUUUGACCAUUAUUAGUUGGGAAAAUAGUUUUUUAAAUAGUAAAUUUUAGGAGAACGUGUGGUCAAAAGUAAAAAUAGAGAUUGAAAAUAAUGUCAGGGGCUUAUUGGUCAGAUUAUUGAGGUCUUCAAAAGCUAUCCUAAUUCAUUGCCAUCAUCCGCCUCACUCCAUAAAAUUCAGAAAAUCCAAUUCCACAUCAGAGGAUAGAAUCCUGAUCGACCAAUGAGAGUAUUUCCAGCAGAUAAUCCCAUUUUACCGUCCACGCACGCAUUAUCUGAUUGCCAGUCCCGCCAUAAACACACACCACACACGUCCACCUCUAUCACAUAAUAAAACCCCAUCACCGAUCUUUAUCGUCUUGAUUUGCUGUCACAGAUAAGCCAGUUGCAAACAGAAAUGGCCACUGUUAAUUCUGCUACUGUCUCUAUUCCAUUAUUCACUGGCCUCAAGGCUGGUGGUUCAGCCUCAAAGGCCACCUCAACCGCCAAGAUUCCCACCGCCGCCGCUGUCCCUAAGCUCGCCGUGAAGGCCUCCUUGAAGGAUGUUGGUGUGGUGGUUGCCGCCACGGCUGCCAGUGCAAUGCUGGCCAGCAAUGCAAUGGCCAUUGAGGUGUUGCUUGGUAGUGAUCUUGGUGAACUAGUUUUUGUUCCUGGAGAUUUCUCCGUGACUCCGGGGGAGAAAAUUGUUUUCAAGAACAACACUGCCUACCCCCACAACGUGGUGUUUGAUGAGGAUGAAGUACCGGCCGGAGUGGACGUGUCUAAGAUUUCCAUGGACGUAACUGAGCUUCUGAAUGCACCAGGGGAGACUUUCUCAGUGACAUUGACUGAGAAAGGAACAUACAGUUUCUACUGUACACCUCACAAGACUGGUGGCAUGGAAGGCAAAGUAACUGUUAACUAAUAUGUACUUAUUUUCUAAGUUAUCAAUGGUUUGAUAUUAUCAUUUUUGUAUUUCUUUAUCUGAGUUAAUGAAAUUGUAUUACGAAUAAGUUUAAAUCA